UUGGAAAAUUUUGCAUUGUUGUCAAAACUACUGUUGAUUUCUGGGCAAAAAUCUCUUGCAAAAAACUCAUCGUAUUUAUUCUCAAAACACGUCACAAACAAACUUCUGGAUAACAUGGAUCUAGAAGAGUCAGUGCUUUGUCGUCUUUGUCUUCAGUCAAACGCUCCCUCAUUAAUGGUGUCGUUGAAUCAGAAUGAGGGAUUGGUAAAAGCUAUAUUUCAUAUCACUAGUGUUGAGAGUGAUGAAAAUGAGGUACAAUCCAAUGCCUGUUCAAAAGACGGCGUAGUUAAAUUGGAAAUCAAACCAAUAAUCGAAGCAAUGAAAUAUGAGCCAGAAUCCAACGAUGAUAGUGACUCUAAACCGGAACGUGAGGAAUACUCUUCCGUAGAAGAUAAACCAGCGUUAAUAGAAAUUUGUGAAAAGAUCAGGAAAAAGCGUGGAAGAAAACCGAGAAAAACUAAAAGUUCAACUUCAACUCGAUCUAAGCCACAUAAGGUGCAGUGUCAAAUUUGCGGUAAAAUGAUUGCGAGCACCAACCUUGGUGCACAUCAGCAGAUUCAUGAUCCCAAUAGACCGAAGCUUGUGUGUCCCCAUUGUCCAGCACAAUAUACGGAAUCAAAGCGUUUAAAAUUGCACAUUAACAAUAAACACACGCAUGAAGUGCAAUUCUCAUGUGACCGCUGUGGCAAAACUUUUGCAUCACCAGAUUCUCUUAGGGUACAUUACAUUGCGCUGCACACCGAUAUUAAAAAGUAUGAAUGCACACUUUGCGGUGAGAAAUUUUCGCGAUCAACAUCUCGGAGGCAUCACUACAAAAUGGUUCAUACAACUAUUCGCCCUUAUGAAUGUGAAUAUUGCGAACGCACUUUCAAGUUUAAAUGUGAUCUAACGCUACACACGAGAACCCACACUGGCGAAAAGCCCUUUGAAUGCGAUAUUUGUCAUAAAACCUUCAACAAAAGCUAUAAUGUUGUAAUUCAUAAGAAAUCACACCAGAAUGAAAUCGAAAGGGCUGCUGAAAAGGCAAUGAAGAUGGUGCAAAAUUCAGUUCAAAAUGCUUACUAACUAGCAUAGGAUUUCUUUUUAUAUAAAUUACGUUCUCAAAUACGCCGGAUUAAUUUUUUAUGUUUCACAUGUCUUAACUGUUGCGUAAAACAGAAUCAGUGUCCAGAUAUUACGAUCAAUUUUUUUCAUUUAUAUAGGUAAUAUUUUUUUCGGUAAUUAUUUUAAGAGGUCCAGUAAAGCACGACGUUAAACAUUAGGCUAUAGGUAUAUGAAUUGUAUAUAAUAUAGUCGACAAUAAGCCAAAUAAAAAAUAGAAAAUAA